AUGGCUUCUGCUUCGAAGCCUGUCAAGUGGCUGCGUGCUUUCUUAGCCGGAAAGAAAAGGUUAGACCAACCCCUCCGAUACGCUCCCGAACAAUCCACACGAGAUGUGCCCGCGGCCAAUCUGCCGGGAGGCGCCGCUCACAAACUCAGCACGAACUAUUACUACUCCAGAGAUGGAAGAAGGGCCAAGAUCCCGCCUGAAUUGGUAGCUCUGAAUGCAAGUGUGAAAUUGAUUACUGAAACGCCAGCUGAGCAAUCUACAGCCGUUGGACAGGUGGACCCUCCGACACCAGGGGUCCCUUUGCUGUGGACUAAAUCUACGACAGAUGCAACACCAUUUGGAACAGGUGCUCAUGAUCACCAGUGGUACUACAAGCAAGAUAAAGUGGACUUACACGUUAGGCCGCCACAAAGAGGAACAGACAUCGUAGGAAAUUAG